ACAGCUGUUUCUAGCUGGCAAGUGAUCGGAAAACAAUUUAUUUCUGGUUCGACUCAUCGCUGUCUUUAAAUUGGCUGAACACUGAAAGGAGACAGUAGCCAAUCCUUGCAGCGAAACCUCGUGCAGGCAUUUGAUUUGACUGUCGAAACUCCUCAUAAUGGGCAGUGGGCUCUAUGACGGGAAAGUUGCAACUGGUUGUAUGAAGUUGGUUCCGGGCUAGCACGAUUGACGCCAGAGAAGCUUUUGAAUGAUGCAUAUAGGUUCGAGCCCAGAUGAUGAUGGAUGGUUGAAGCGGAUGCCAGUCAGUGGAUGUAGAGGUGCUGCUGUAUGAGUGCAUCACAUUCGCUGACGAUCCUUUGUUUAGAUACGACACCUGUGGUUCAAGUUGCUUUGAAGGAGAACGGAAUCCAUGCCACGUUCUUCGUGAUCUGUAAGAGUCUGCUGAAGCCUGGAGAAAGUAAAAAUACCACUCUCCGAGCUUUCAAUGAAGAUCAUCCAUCUGAUCGCCCCGCCUUCACCACGCUUGGCAAAUCUGAGAUGCUCGAAGAAUUGAGAAAGAAAUCUGAUGCAAUUUAUCGUGUGACUGGCAAGAGGCCCAGGUACUGUCGACCACCCUAUGGCAACACCAACCAUGACGUCCAACAAGUUUUGAAGGAUGAAGAGUACAAGACUGUGUACUUGGAAAAAUUUGUCCUGCUUCGAAGAGGCGUUAGAGCCCAGCGAUUCUGCCGCCGACCACUUCUUCUGCUUGAAUCAUGACAUCGUGCCUGCCACAGGCGAAUUGUUUGCCGAAGGUUCAUCAUUAUCAUUCGCUCCAACAAGGGCUACGGGCAAGUUCGUCUGGAUGACUGUUUCGUGGACAGCAUAUCAUGAGUCAAAGUCCGUCUCAUUCUUUGCAGAUUGACCGUUAUGUGCUGUAGGGUACUUGACAAUGUCAUGAAUACAAACAUCACGUGCUGGCAAGAUGAAGCAUUUUUCCGAGUGCUGCGGUUAGACCGUAGAUUUGAUAAGAAUGUUCUCUAAACUUGGAAAGUUCAAAUGGCCAUUUGUCAAGCUUGUAACCUGCUUUCUCGCCACCUCCUUGCACCUUCGUGCCUCUUAGAAGAUCAUGUAACCCAUCAACCCAUCACCUACUGUGUUCAACUAUCACAUCUCACUUACCAACUUCAUAAUCAGGCAGGAAUUUUUAUAUUAUCUAACGUCCAUGCCGGGUAUGACUGAGUAUGAUGAAAAAAGUGUGACAGGUAGAGCUAAUAUUUCUUGCUGUCAAAAAUUAGAGUCUGACGCCCGAGCUUUCCUCUGCAUGUAAAACAUAGGACCGAGAGAACACAAGCUGCUGAUGAGCUUCCACGAUAUUAAUGGGCGGUAACAUUGUUUCCAGGAUUUAUACAAGACUGACCAUGCCCGAGACACAGAGAGCGGUAGUCACAAAGUUCAACUCGUACUUCUAUACUGAUCAUCACAUCGAUCGGUAAACUUAGACUCCUGAUCUUGUAAGAGCUACUGGGCUAGGUACAGGAGGGUGUCGAUGUGAGUUCCAGUUCGGUAGGCAUUCCUUUAGUCUGACUAGCAGAAUUGACCAGGUUAAGCAUGUUUUCCCUUAUUCUUAUAACGAGAGUCCUUGCUAUCAAAUAUAAAUGAUGCUCUGAUUGCUU